UUUAAAUUUCAUUUAUGUAAUGAAGAAGCGAUGUGAAAGACGAGGUCUAGAGAGAGGGUUUAUUGCGUGACGUGCGUUCAAGCGAAAAGAAAAGAAAAAAAGAGAUCUCCCGUUGCUUUCGCGAAGACGCAGACUGCGUGAUUCUUCGACGCGAUCGACGACUUCCGGCAUCAUCGCCAAAAUUGCGCCGUCUUCUUGGCAGAGUUUCUAGUGCUCGUGACGUGCGCGUCAGUGAAGUUCCCGAUGCGAGAGCAGCGUGAUUGCAUUAACUCAUCUAUCGUCAGCCAAAUCGUAAACGACACGUUGCGGGAUCAUCGUUGGAGGAAAAUCUUUGCACGCGGUUGCAGAGAUUUAAUGAUAAUACAUUAAUUAUCAAUCAUGUCCGGGAUCGGGAAUCGAGAUUUAUCGGAUUUCCGUGCUCGUCAUAUAAGGCAAAUCAGACUCGAUAUUAAAAUGCCGACCGAGUGCAUCGCCAACCCGUUACAACGGGAGCUGGCCGACUCGAUAAUACGGCUGCAGCCGCUCGACGAGAUCCGCAUCCUCCUCGCCUGCGGUGCCAAGCCGAACGAGGCGGUCACCCAGGGCCUCAGGCCCCUGCACUACGCCGUCUGGCAGCGCUACACCGAAGCCGCUCAGCUGCUCCUGGUGCGCGGCGCCGACAUCGACGCCACCGACGAAUGUGGUUACUCGGCCCUGCACCUCGCCGCCGAGCAUGGCUAUCUGGACCUGGUGAAGCUGCUCCUCAAGUAUGGCGCCAAGGUGGACCAUCGACAAGACACUGGGGAACUCUUUCCGAGAACUAUGUUGUGCGAUGAACCACUACGUCUAGCUCUGCGCAACCGUCACGUCGAGGUCGCGAGGAUCCUUCUCGAGGCCGGCGCUAAUCCUAACAAGAGGUAUUUCUUCGGUUCCGAGAUUAAUCUAGUGUCACCGUUGGAUCUGGAAUGCAUGGAGUUGCUAUUGGCCUUCGGCGCUCAUCCGAACACGCGUGAUCGCGCCGGAUUGACGCCUCUUAUGAAGGCUGCCAGGCUGCCCCAGGGUAUAGCUUCGGUGCUUCUACUGCUGAGCUAUGGGGCGGACGUGAACGCGAUGGCAGACGCCAGGCACGAUUAUCGUACGGUAUUGCAUUACGCGAUCCUCGGCGGCGACCCGGCCGUGAUCAAUCUACUGUUGAAGCAGGGCGCCCGGCUGGAUCUCGGACCGGACUACCAGAAACCGACGGCCCUGGACCUGGCCAUACUCAAGGGUGAUCCGUCAAUCGUUGAGAGGCUGCUCCAAGCAGGCGCGAACGUGAACGCCACGUCGCCGAUCAUCGGCUCGCCGCUGCACGUGGCAUGCGCUGAUAACAUCCCGAAUCGACUGGAGAUCCUCUGCAUGUUGCUGGAGCGCGGGGCCGACCCGAACCUGGUGAUCCGAAGCGACGACGGCCCGGCGCUGCGACCGGUACUCGCCGAGUACGUCGCCUCGAACGAGAAUCCGUCGGUGGAGGUGGUGGCGUUGCUCCUCAAAUACGGCGCCCGAGUGGUGAUCAAGACGCAAUUUCGCGAUCCACACGGUAUCCUUAACUCACUGCAAAAUACAGCAGACAAACCGCCGCUGUUGCGCGCGCUCCUGGAGGCGGCGGAGAGUUUCGAUCCCUGCAUGAUACGACGGUCCAGCAGUCUGACGGAUGCCCAGAAGGCUCUGGUGAUGGAGGCGGCUAGGACCCCGUUGCCAUUGACCCAUCAGGCGAGACUGAUAGUUCGCAGGCUCUGCGGCACCAGACUACCCAAGAUCGUCAGGAAGCUGCAGCUGCCGCAGUCAUUGCAUCGUUAUCUCCUUUAUGAUUUUUAUUAACAAGAGGAUCGGUGGGAAAGAGGGGAGAGAUUUUUUUUGUUGGAGAAUUUCCUGAAUUUCCGGAAAUUUUUCAAAGAUCCGGUACUAUUAUAUUCCAUGCCCGGGCUAGAGCUCAGCUACAACUGAAGCUUUCAAAUGCAAAAUAAUACGAAUCCAUAUAAGGAUAUUUUAAUAUAUUGAUAUAUGAAUUAUAUUAAUUGUUUAUAAAAAAAAAUGUUUAGCCCUUUGACAAAAUUUUUAAUAAUCUGAAUAAUUUUAACAAUUUGUAAUAUAUACAUUAUUAAUAUACAGAGUGUUCCAAGACUUUGGAAACGAUUGAAUAUUUUGUGAACAAUGUAUUUUAGAAAAUAAUGUUUCAAACAAAAGUUGUAAGGCUCAAAAAGAAGCAUUUAAUGACAGUAUUAAUUUGACUAUAGGUGGCAUUGCCAAAGUCAGGUCAAGGUCAACUUAAAAUUUUUAAAUAAAAACCCCCAUUUUUUAUUCCAUAUUCUUGUAGCUUAUCUCGAGAGCUUUUCAAAAUACUACAACAAAGUAUUUUUUUAUUAACUUUAUGUACUUUUUGAGUUAUGGAGUUUGAAAGUUACAGUACCGUCGAUACAAAUCGAACCGUGCAACCUCCACGCGAUACACCUUGAAUUAUGCUAAUUCCGGCGGUACUGUAACUUCCAAGCUUCAUAACUCGAGAAAUAUGAUAAAAUUAUUACUCUCAUUAAAUGCGUCUUUUUAAGCUUUACAAUUUUUGUCUGAAACAUUAUUUUCUAAAAUACAUUGUUUAUAAAAUAUUCGUUUCCAGAGUUUCGGGACAUCCUGUAUAUGAAAAAAUCGUCUCGAUACAGCAAUCAAAUCCGUAUACAAAUUGUCUAAGACUCUCUCUCGAUUAAUAAUGGACUAUGUAAUAUUUUUUUUGCAUCUCGAAGCUUCCUCAAAGUUGUAUCAAAAUCGUAGACUUGACGCAAAGAAGGCUGCAAAUAUCAAGUAUUGUGAGAGAAUGAAUUUCUUGGUACUAUAUUGAAAUUGAUGGCAUUGUCAAAGAUUGUUAACUGCUUUUAGGAAUCGAAAUCAAAGAUGUAAGAUACGCUAUCUCAUGUCUACAUCAGUUCGUUGAGUACAAUAAUGAGGCUACGAUAUUGAGGCAUCAUCCUCCUAUUUCUACUUGUUAGUAUUCUAUUUUUACACGACAUGUAUAAAGGCGAGUAACGAUGAUAUAAUCUAGUUAAUGACAUCAGAAAUAUGUAUAUAUAUAUAUAUAUAUUUUACUUAUAUCUGUCGUCAAAUGUACGUUUUAUAUGCAUAUAUUUUCUCUAUACUUUUACUCGGCGCGUGAAAAAGAAUUCGUUCGCGAUAGAAGUGAUAUAAGACGCACUGUCGUUGCUCAAAUGCGCGAAUAAAUAAUUAUCACGACAUCCAAUUUAUUCGAAACUUUAUAUCAAAUUAUUGAAUUUGGAAAUAUAUAUCUGAAGAUUUUUAUUUUUUUCUUUUUUCAAAUUUAUAAAACGAUAUUAUCCGAUAAUGCCAUAUCUGUCGUCGAUCAACAGCGACAAUGGCGACAAAUAUUUGCAGAUUUUUUUUUCGAUGUAACCGAACACAAAGUGAUGAACUUUUAUACCUUUGUUAUAUAUAUAUAUGCUCAAUAUAUAUUAUAUAUGUACAAAAAAAUAAAGGAAGAGUUCUAAUUAGAA